UGAAACAUUUCUCAACCAAUCAGAAUAAAGUAUUCAACAGCUUGUGGUAUAAGACUUAAAAUAACAUUUCAUAUAUCAUGGUGAACUCUGACGAAUACUUCCUUAUAAUAGUACUGAGGACAGUCACCAUUGGUUUAAUCUUCACAAGUUGACCACAUGACGUUCAAACUGUUUGACAACCAGAACGACAGUCAUGCAGACUCUCUCCUAAAAUGCUUUCAAACAUGUGCUCUUUAAUCUUGUUUUUCAUUUGCACAGGAGGUAUUCUUGGUGUUAAUGGAUAUGAAGUGAAGUCAGUGUCAGUGAUGGAGGGAGAUUCUGUUACUCUACACACUAAUGUUACUAAAAUAAAGAGACGUGAUCAGAUACUGUGGAUGUUUGGACCUCAGGAGACUCGUAUUGCUGAAAUAUAUAAAAAAAGCAUUGAUAUGUAUAACAGUAAUGAGACAUUUGGAGACAGAUUGAAUCUGGACAAUCAGACUGGAUCUCUCACCAUCACAAACAUCUCAAUCACAAACUCUGGACUUUAUAAACUACAAAUCUUCAGCAACAAAGAAACUUUAUACAAGAGAUUCAAUGUUACUGUCUAUGCUCAUCUGCCCAUUCCUGUAAUCUCUUCACAAAGUUCAUCGUCAUCAUCAUCAAGUUCAAAAUGUGUGUUAUUGUGUUCAGUGUUAAAUGUGACAGAUGUGAGUCUGUCCUGGUAUAAAGGAAACAGUUUAUUGUCCAGCAUCAAUGUGUCUGAUCUCAACAUCAGACUCUCUCUACCUCUGGAGGUUGAAUAUCAGGAUACAAACACAUACAGAUGUGUACUCAACAAUACCAUCACAAACCAAACUCAACAUCUCAACAUCAGUGAUAUAUGUUUAGACUCUGUACCGUUAUACAGUUAUUGGAAGAGAGUGAUGCCCUCAUUCGUUUAUGCUCUGGUGGGCGUGGCUUCUGUCGCGCUACUCGUCUUUUACGUCAGAUCUGAACAGAAAGCGAAAGCAAAAAUCUCUUUAUAAAGUCACUGAUAUAAUUUCUAUAUGGACACUAGGUGGCAAUACAUGUAAAACAAUCACAAGCACGGUCUUAUUUUGUUUUGCUGUAUGUACAAUAAAGUUGCCAACACAAAAAUCAAAACAUUAAAACGCUGCCAAAAACUUAUGCAGAGUUGCACGUUUGUGCUUGGGGGGCACCUACCGGCAAACAAGGGUACUGCAAGACUUUGGUUAUGGUUUUUAAAUAUGGUUUAAAAAUGAAUUAAAACUAUUUUAGCCUGCAGUCUACCUAAUAAAACAUCAAAAUUAGACAAAAAUUAUGAAUUAUUAUAUUUUCUAUUUCAUUAAUAACUCAGACAAAUCAUAAUUGUCCCAGAACUCCUCAUAUUACAAAAGUUAAAUCAAACAUUACCAGAUGCAGCUAACAGUAGGCUAUAGGAAAUGUUGAUAUAUUUUGUUCAAGUUUCUUAAGUUGUUUCAUCUAUUAUAAAUAUUUUACUGUUUAAAAGUACCUGACAGGAAUUUGAAAUCAUUUUUGUUAAUGUGCAGUGCUUGUUAAAGCCUGUAGUAAUUCAUGCAUGGACACGCAGAGAAGAGCCAUCAUUUGUGUUCAAUGAAACGCCCACGUUUUUUCCUCAGCUUAGCUCAUUGCUAAACUUUACUUCUGUGUCGUCUUUACAUUUAAGCAGAUAAAGUUAAAUCAUCUCUGAUUUGUGCCUGGACUCAUGAAGAAUAUGGAUCUCUCAUUUUCUGUGCUCUGUUUGUGUCUCUUCAAUGGUGUGUUUGGUGUUGAGACAGAACUUUAUGGAGACUCUAAAGAUAAUCCAGACCAAACUACAAAUAACACAAAAGUGGAAUAUUCUGAAUCUAGACUUCCUUAUAUUUUGGGAUUUGUGGCAUUUCUUCUGUUUAUAAUAUUUGGGAUAUGUUUCUGUUGUUAUUAUGGAAGACAAAGAGGUUCCUUUCUGAUCGCAUGGUGUUGAACUCAAGAAAUUGCAUCAUAUGUGUAUAGUACAGUAUUUGACUCUUAUUAGCUUGUGAAGGGUUUUUGUGGGACAUGCGAUCCAUGAGACAUUUCUGAUCUUCCAAUUAAUCCACAUGACAAUAUUUGUCCAGACUGGAGAAAUCACUGAUCCAUCCGAACAACAGGAUCAUAACAACAUAACUAACAAGUAACCUUGACUGACCUUGUGUCCUGUAUUUCUUAGCAAAAAUCUGUAUUUGGGUCUCCAAUAUUUUUAUAUUUUUCCAAAGCUUUGGAAAUUAAGUUGUUUUGCAUUGUUAAGCUGUAUGGUUGCUAAACACAGUAUUAAUUUUUCCCUUAAUUAUUUAAAUCAAUUGUGACAUGCUGAUAUUACAUUACAUUAACAUAUUUACAGAGAUAAAGUUAAAUAUAUUUCACUUUUAGCUUAAAUUUAGAAUAAAUGUUAAGUUUUUUGAUACAUGCAUUUCAAAUACAAAAUGGUAUUUUUUGUAUUUGAUAGGGUUGAUAGAAAUACCUUCAUAUUUUGUAUCAAAAUACUUUAGUGUUUUGUAUUUUUAAAAUACUAUUUUGAUCUGUUUUUUCUGUUAGAGUAAAAGUAGUGUUGACUGUUAUGGGGCAUACACACCAAAUGCGAGUUCAACGAUUUGCGCGAGAAGAUUACAUACAAAGUCAAUUCAAAGACGCGAUCAGACGCGUGCUCGCGUGGGGCGAUGCGAAUGACGCAAUAUGUGCGGCACGUUUGUCGUGAAAACACGAGCUAUUCACCUCAAACGCGUCUUCACCCAAGUUGAAAAUAUUCAACUCGAGUGUAGAAGUCACAUGACACGAAGAUAAAUCCCGUGAGUAAUCUAGAGCAAUGCCCUGCAUUUGGUGUGUGCGUAGCAUAAUGCUGCGUUCACACCAGCCGCGGUAGAGGCAGCAAAAACGGGCUAUUCGCGCGUACUUGGACGCUUGAACAUUUGAGUUCACUUGCUUCAUUCACGCGCGUAAAAUUCUAGUCAUUCGUGACAUUCACGCGGAUAUUCGCUUCAUGGGAGGGGCUUCUGCGACUCCGCUGGCUUCCUGUAAUCACAUACAGCAAGGUCUUUUUUUUAAGUUUUUCAACUAGCGUUAACAUGUAAACAUGUAAAUCACUCGCGCUUGCCGCCUACCGUGUCUGGUGUGAAUCCUGCAUGUUUUUAGAAUACCUUUUCUGUUGUAUUCAAUUUUGACAUUUAAGUAAAUGUUCUUAAUAUACUUU